GCAACGAUGGCGCGCCACUCCUACAGCGUGGUCUUCUCGGGCGACUGGCAGUAUAACUUAAAUGCCGGGAUCAUGCUGUUUCGCAACGAUGCGUUCGCGCUGAAGCUGCUCGACGACGUAGUAGCGCGCGGUGCGCGGCCCCGGCGCGACGGCGAGGGCGGCUUCGUCAAGGGUGAGCAGACGGCCUUGCUCAAAUACAUGUGCGACGAGCCAGACGUCGACACGUGUACGAGACGUACGAACGCUAUGCUCCCGACGGCGACGCGCUUCGCGCCCGAGACGGCUCGGAUCGCCCAACGGCCCUGGAACGCGUACAUGUUCUCUUAUCAGUACGGCGACGCGAUCAUUCACUUCGCGGGGCUCUCGUUCCUGGGCUCGUACCGAGUCGCGCUGUUAAACCUCUUGCUCCGGCAUCCUUGGGCCCUGCCACCGUUCAAGGUCCUUUGCCACGCGGUGUCGCUCGUCGCGAUCCCGGUGCUCCAAACACCGCUGCCGCGCGCGCUGCUCGAACGCGCGUAUUCGUAA